AUGUUAGAAGAAAAUUCAGCAAACGCAAUGUUUAAAUUUUUAAUUAGAAAUGAAAUUAGUGCUUCUAACAAUUUAUUUAACUUGGAAUAUGAAGAUGAAUUUUUAUUAAAAAAUUUACUGAAAAUAUUCAUCUACUUUCAUAACAAAGAAAAUUCUAUUGAUACUUUGAAUAAUUUAAGUACUUUUAGAUUUGGUACAGUUAAAUUUGAUCAAAAGAUAAACGUAUUAUUCUUUAUUAUUUACACACAAUCAAAUCUUAACAAUAUUAUUAAUGAUUUUAAAUAUUUAGUUAAGACAAUAUUUAAUAAUUAUUAUGUUUAUAAGAUUAAUUUUAAUGCAAAGUGUCGCUCUUCUUUGAUUUCAAAAAUUAUAAAACAGAUAAAAAUUAAUUACUAA